UCAAUUUUAUUUGAAUCAUAUUACAGAAUGGAAUUACUCAAAGUUGUGUUCGUGUUGGUAGCCACAUUGUGGAUUGCCGAAGGAGCACGUCCAACAACUAGAAAAUGUUUAACACCGGAUGGAGAUAAUGGAGUUUGUAUCCCAAUUCGUGCCUGUCCAGCACUACACACAUAUGUCGCAUACAAAGAACAAACAAUUGAAGAGAGCGAAGAAUUUAUGAAUGCUUCAGCAACAAUUUGUGGUAGUUCCACUGAAAAUCCUAAAACAAUGAUUGUGUGUUGUGGUAUUGAAGAUUUACAAUCAAAUGUAUCACUAACAACCGCAUUGCAAAGCACUAAAUAUUCAUUACCAGAUUUAAAAACCUGUGGACGUUCAUUCAGUGAUAGUGCUUAUUCACGUAUUGUUGGUGGAUUUGAAGUGAAAGAAGGUCAAUUCCCAUGGAUGACUGUUUUGGGUUAUGGUGAAAUUGAUAAUUACUAUGGCAUUGAAUGGAAAUGUGGUGGAUCUUUAAUAUCACAAGCUCAUGUUUUAACUGCAGCUCAUUGUAUUACAGAUGACUUAAUUAAAGUCCGUGCAGGUCUAUUAAAUAUUUGGGGUACUUAUGAAAAUGAAGGUGAUGUUAUUGCUAAAUUGUCUCAUGAAGGUUACAACAAAAAACUUAUGAUACAUGACAUUGCCAUCCUUAAAGUUAAUUGGUAUGAUAAACCAGAAUUCAAUGCUGUAAACACACCAAACUGUGGGUUUAUCUGUUUACCAACACAACCUGCCAUGCGUAAAAAUCAAUUUGUUCGUUAUUAUCCAUUCGUAGCUGGAUGGGGAUUAACUGCUUGGAAGGGUGAACGUAGUGACGAUUUAAUGGGCUUACAAGUACCAGUUGUUGCAAAUGCCCGUUGUUCAAAAUCAUUAAUGAGUGCAAUUAAAACACAACGUGUUAUUCAAAAAACACACAUAUGUGCUGGUUAUGGUAAAACUGAAAAAGAUUCAUGCACUGGUGAUUCUGGCGGUCCAUUAAUGAUCCCACAAUUAAGUGAAGAUGGUCACACACAAUACUUCCAAAUUGGUGUUGUUUCCUGGGGACAUCAAUGUGCUGUUAAAGGUUUACCUGGUAUUUAUACCCGUAUCACUGAAUACAUUGAAUGGAUACAAUCACACAUGAAUAUGUAAAUAUGGUUUUAUAAAUUGACGACAAUUAAAAUAUAGAAAAUUAUUUAUUAGCAAA